AUGUCACCAGAGGAUUAUAAGCCCAUAAGGAAACGCUCCAAAACUUCCACUACCUUUGAGUGGGAUAGCAAAGAUGUUCAAAGUCUGGGGAAUAAUUACCCACUAGCGCAAGGUACUGGUACUGGUAAUAAUCUUGAAUCAAAUGUUUCAAAUACAUUAGGAAAUCAAAGAGAUAAGAGUAUCGGCUCAUCAGACCAUGGUGAUCAUGGGAAAUUAUCUAAAUCAUGCGACCUGUGCAAAAUAAAGAAAGUUAAAUGUGAUGGUGUGAGACCUAUAUGCUCUUUUUGUAUUAAGAAUAAUAUGAAAGAAUGUAAAUAUUCAGUAAUGAAAAAACCUGGGCUAAAGCCUGGAUAUGGAAAGAAUGUUACUUCAAGAUUAGAUUCAUUGGAACAAGAACUUGGUGAACUAAGAAACCAAAUUGCAUCUUUACAGAAUAAUGGAAAUAAACGUACUUAUAGCUCAGUUGAUAAGUCAAGUCAGUCAGACCAACAACAACAUUCAGAUCAUUUAUCAAAACAAGAAAAUAAUAUUGAUACAAGUGAUACCUCAUCUGAAAAUACCACAACUUCAAAUACCAGAUCUUUCCAAAUACCUUCAUUACUCAAUCCAGUUUCAUCAGUACCUAACGGAACAUAUAAUUUUGGUUUACCGUCAUCAAAUCAUUGUUAUCUUUUGAUUGAUAUAUUUUUUAAAAAUGUCAACUCAAUAUUUCCUUUAUUACAUCCAAAUAUAAUAAUGGAUCUUGAAAAAUCAGUUCAAAAUACCUCAAAGGGAAUAAAACCUCAUUUAUUGCUUUAUGCUAUAGUUUUAAUCACGCUAAAAUAUUUAAAUAAUGACCAAAUAACAGAAGAACAAAGAUCAAAAAUAUAUGAUCAUUGCAAAGAUCAUAUAAUUUCAACAUCUUUGAAAAGAAUAAAUAUUGAGAGUUUACAAUCAAUGAUCCUUUUGGCAUUUGAAUCUUUAUCUGGAAAUGUUAAAGUGCCUGAAAGUUGGAAUUAUGUUUCAAUUGCAGCUGAUUAUGCAAAUUAUCUGAAGUUAGGUACAGAAAAUAGUAAUAAAUUAUCAAUAACAACAAAUGAUUCUCCAGGUUCUGUCAAUUCAUCAUCAUUAACAUCGAACUCUGAUACAUUAGGAAGGAGAAAAUCAAGAUCAUUAAAUAAUAGGUCAAUCAAUCUUUUGACAAAACCCCAAAGUUGGAUUGAUGAAGAGUCAAGAAGACAUUGUUUCUGGAGCAUUUACCUUUUAGAUAAACUUUAUGCUAUUUCUUCUUCUCAUGAUAUGAAAUUAAAACCAAAUAAAAUCAGCUGUUUUUUACCUAUUAAAUUGAACUAUUGGCUUGAUGUCAAACCAAAAGAAAUAACACAAUUUAGAACAUUGAGAUCAAAUACGACAUCAUUAGUACAACAAGAUAUGCAAAGUAACGAGAAUUCACAACAACACAUUGUUGAAGCUACAUAUGAUUCUUUUACUUUUUACAUUGAAUUGAACAAACUGAUGGGUGAUAUACAUUCAUUUUCCAUUGAAGAAUUUAAUAUUAAUGAUGAAAUGGCAGUUGAAGAAUGGAAGAGAGAGUUUUCAAAUUUAGACAACCAGAUGAAUACAUGGAGACGCUCCCUACCAUUCAAUUAUCAAAAGUUUUUAAAAAAUGGUAAUUUCUCAACAAUUAAUAUUAAAAGUCAAAAACUAGAAAUUUUUGACAUUCUAUUAUUUGUUUAUUACUAUACCACUUUCAUCAAGUUACAUUCACCCUCAGGAUAUCCACAUGGUGAAUCAACUUUAUUUAAAUCUUCAGAUGAUUCAAAAGCACAAUGUCUUGAAGCAGCUGAUGAAGUUUAUUCAUUUGUUUCUCAAUUACCUACUUUAACAAAUGAUGAUGAUAUAUUUGAAAAGUUAGGACCUCAUUUUGGGUUCUAUAUUUGGAUAAAUUGCAGAAUAUUAUUUGUGGAUGUUAUAUAUCAAGCACAAAGAAAAGGUUCAAUAAGUGAUCAUCAAAAGAAAUUGUCAUUUUUUGCAAAUGUAUUGAAAAGAAUUGGUAAAUACUGGGAGAGUUCCAAUGUAUAUUUUAAGAUUUUAGAAUUUUUACAUGUCUCUGAUUUAUCAUAUGUUAAAACUAUGGCAUCAACAUCAUCUCCAUCAAAUUCAUCUAUACAUAAUAGAAGUUCUAUUAUUAGUGAAAAUGGGACCAUAAACGAAGGUGACGAAGAUGGUGAAUCGAGUGAUGAACAAGAAAUUACAGAUGAAAAAAGAGAGCCAACAAAAGUUGUUACUGAUAUGAGAUUAGGUUCACACUCACUAGUUUAUUGGUUUAACAAAUUAGCAGGGAAAGGGUCUAAAUCACAUUACCAUCCCAACAGUAUUAAUCAACAAGUACAGAAUCAUGUUGAAUCCACUUCAAAUUCUCAGCAAAGUUCGACUCAAGGUACGCAAGUUCUCAAUAGUAAUAUUACAAGAGGUGGUAAUAGUUUUAAUAAUACUUUCCCACUUCAACAUAGCUUGUCAAAUUUCCAAACACCAUCUAUCCAAGGGUUUGAGGAUUUCCAGCUAACUCAUGAUGAUUUAUUCAAUUUUCUUGCACUUGAUAUGAAUAGUAAUAGCUAUAGCAAUGAUCAAUUGAAUAUAUGA